AUGUCUUCCCCGGACCCAUUUGAUUCCGCCCUCGAUCUCCUCCGCCGUCUUAACCCUAAACACACGGCCAACAAUGUCAACGCAUUGAUAAAUCUGGUUCCCGACCUUACCGAAGAGCUCCUUUCUUCCGUCGAUCAACCGCUUCAAGUUCAACGUUGCAAAAAGACUGGACGGGACUAUCUCCUCUGUGAUUACAACCGUGAUGGAGAUUCAUACAGGUCCCCGUGGAGCAACGAGUUUGAUCCACCUUUGACCGAUGGAACUCUCCCCAGUGAGAAGGUCCGAAAGAUGGAAGUCGCUGCUAACGAUGCCUUCGAUAUCUAUCGUGAGCUAUACUACGAGGGUGGGGUCUCAAGCGUUUACUUCUGGAACUUGGAUGAUGGCUUUGCUGGUGUUGUUCUUUUGAAAAAAUCUGUUUCGCCAUCAAACAAGUCCAUCGGUUCCUGGGAUUCUAUUCAUGUUUUUGAGGCAACCGACAGAGCUCGGACAGCCCACUACAAGCUCACAUCUACCGUCAUUCUAAAUAUGAUCAACGGCGAUGAAUCCUUGGGCGAGAUGGAUCUUUCCGGUAACAUGACUCGACAGAUCGAACAGACCUUGCCGGUCGAUGACGAUUCCUCGCACAUCGCGAAUAUCGGCAAGUUGGUAGAGGAUAUGGAGCUCAAGAUGAGAAACUUGCUCCAGGAAGUUUACUUUGGAAAGGCGAAAGAUGUUGUUGGUGAUCUUAGGAGUAUUAAUUCCUUGACAGAGGCACAGAGGGAUAGAUCUGUACACCAAGAGAUGAUUACCUCUAUGGGAAAGCGGUAA